AACUUGUAACUUUGGUUUCCUAGGUUCAGCACUUCAAGACAAACACUAAUGUGGAUUCCAGACUCUUUUUUUUCCAGUUUGCUGAGUGGAAGAAUUUCAACGCUGAAGGAUGAAACUGGUGCUAUAUUUAUUGAUCGAGAUCCAGCAGCAUUUGCACCCAUUUUAAAUUUUCUUCGCACAAAGGAGUUAGACUUACGGGGAGUGAGUAUUAAUGUUCUCAGGCAUGAAGCUGAAUUCUAUGGAAUCACUCCUUUAGUAAGAAGAUUGCUACUAUGUGAAGAACUGGAACGCUCAUCUUGUGGCAGUGUCCUUUUUCAUGGCUACCUGCCUCCUCCAGGCAUUCCCAACCGUAAAAUAAAUAGCACUGCUGGGCCACCGGCUGAUGUUAGAACUGGCCAAAACUGCUCCGAGAGUGAGGUUCAUGGAGGUGGUGGUGUCCAACCUACACUUGCUGGUACUGGGGAAGGUACAGUCAGGCUAGGAUUUCCUGUGGACCCACGGAAAGUCCUAAUAGUAGCUGGCCACCAUAAUUGGAUAGUGGCUGCCUAUGCCCAUUUUGCUGUUUGCUACAGAAUUAAAGAAUCAUCUGGGUGGCAGCAGGUGUUCACGAGUCCCUAUCUGGACUGGACAAUUGAGCGAGUGGCUCUCAAUGCUAAGGUGGUUGGAGGACCUCAUGGAGACAAGGAUAAGAUGGUUGCAGUGGCCUCAGAGAGCAGCAUAAUCUUGUGGAGCAUUCAAGAUGGUGGUAGUGGCAGUGAAAUUGGAGUGUUCAGUCUUGGAGUCCCUGUAGAUGCUCUAUUCUUCAUUGGCAACCAGUUGGUGGCUACAAGCCAUACAGGGAAAGUGGGAGUGUGGAACGCUGUGACUCAGCAUUGGCAGGUUCAGGAUGUUGUUCCUAUCACAAGCUAUGAUACUGCUGGGUCUUUUCUGCUGCUGGGCUGUAACAAUGGCUCUAUCUACUAUAUAGACAUGCAGAAGUUCCCAUUGCGAAUGAAAGACAAUGAUCUUCUAGUGACAGAAUUGUACCAUGAUCCCUCCAAUGAUGCUAUAACAGCGCUCAGUGUCUACCUCACGCCUAAAACAAGUGUAAGCGGCAAUUGGAUUGAGAUUGCAUAUGGCACCAGCUCUGGAGCAGUGAGGGUGAUUGUACAGCACCCUGAAACAGUUGGGUCUGGGCCUCAGCUCUUUCAGACCUUCACAGUUCAUCGAAGUCCUGUUACGAAGAUCAUGCUCUCAGAGAAACACCUUGUGUCAGUUUGUGCUGAUAACAACCAUGUAAGGACAUGGACUGUGACUCGGUUCCGGGGCAUGAUUUCAACUCAGCCAGGCUCAACACCUCUUGCAUCAUUCAAAAUCUUAUCCCUUGAGGAAGCAGAGAGUCAUGGCAGUUACAGUUCUGGAAAUGACAUUGGACCCUUUGGUGAACGUGAUGAUCAACAGGUGUUUAUCCAAAAAGUUGUUCCCAUCACUAAUAAGCUGUUUGUAAGGCUGUCUUCAACUGGGAAAAGGAUCUGUGAGAUCCAGGCAGUUGACUGCACUACCAUCUCAUCAUUUACUGUGCGAGAAUGUGAAGGAUCCAGCAGAAUGGGCUCCCGGCCACGCCGCUACCUCUUCACUGGGCAUUCAAAUGGCAGCAUCCAGAUGUGGGACCUGACCACAGCUAUGGACAUGGUUAAUAAGAGUGAAGACAAAGAUGUUGGCGGCCCCACAGAGGAAGAGCUGCUCAAGUUGCUUGACCAGUGUGACUUGAGUACGUCUCGCUGUGCCACACCCAACAUCAGUCCUGCCACCUCAGUUGUUCAGCCAAACCGGCUUCGGGAAUCUAAUUCCAGCCUCCAACUGCAGCACCACGAAACAAUCCAUGAAACAGCCACCUAUGGUUCUGUGCGGCCAUACAGAGAAAGUCCCCUAUUGGCAAGAGCAAGGCGGACGGAGAGCUUUCACAGUUACCGGGACUUCCAGGCUUUUAACUUAUCCAGCAAAAGCCCAACAGAAAAGGCAGCUGCUGCAAAUGGGAAUUCAAGCCAGACAGAGGCCAAGAAGGCAACAGCUGAGGGCAGUGCAGCUGAGAGGAAGGCAGUCCCAACAACAGCAUUUGAAGUGCGAGGCACAGGCGUGACAGAUGCAGGUGGGUGCUGCAGUACAGAGGUUCACCAUCUGCCAGAGAGUUCACCGAAUCUCAAACGAAGAGGACCAGAAGAGGAGAGCGAAGCCAAAGCAGAAAGCAAAAAGAAAAUGGGUUUUGAAGGAGCUGGCUUCCUGGGAAGGAAGAAAGUGCCUCUCCUGGCCUCUGCACCAGUCCUUGCUGAAGGUGGGCCUGAAUUACCUGGUGUGGCUUCUCCAUCGCCUACGAAGACAGCUGCUUCACCACGUCACCGGAAGAAUGACUCCUCCUGCCAAGACUAUGGCUUGUGAAAAUGUGACUGGUGGCAAAGAUGAGGUGCAGGUGCCCUCUGGCUUGGCAGCAGGCGUAACGUUAGGUGUUGUGGGUUGUUUCUUGACUGGGACUUUGUUCUGAUACACAGAAUG